AUAUACUUCGGUACUAUGGGUCGAGAGAAAUAUCAAAGAAGCAACACCCAUGCAACCAAGCAGCAUAAUUACGAUUACUCCACCUGCUUAUCAUUGCCUGGUUGGUAUGGGGGUUGUCGAUAGACGAGGCGAGCCAACGAAGUGAGUUACUUGCAGUAUCGUCUGAUGGGUGUUGAGGGUUGUGCGGUUAUGUUACUACACCAAGUUUUUACUGCGUCUACUGUGUUGUUGGGAUGGCAAUAUGGGAAAAUCCCAUCAGGUCAGACGGACCUAUCUGAUCCUGUCUGCUGCGUCAAAAGGGCACUACUCACUGGUCGGUUACACCAGGGAAGGGGAGCCCGGGAUACUGAUAACCUCCAGAAGAUACUCCGAUGCCAUCCGCUAAUCAGCGGUUCUGCUAAUUAGCAGCUGCCUAAUCAAUGCUAGAGCCAUGAGGUCAGUAGCUUCAUGUAUACUGUCAGUACAACAGAUGCUGUGU